AUGACUUCUGCUAAAGCCAUUGUGUAUUCCGAACACGGACAAGUCUCGGAUGUCCUCCACACCCACUCCUAUACCCUUGCUGAUCCCCAGAGUAACGAAGUUUUGAUCCUAACGGUCGUGGCGCCAGUGAAUCCCGCAGACAUCUUACAAGUAAUUGGAACCUACCCCGCCAGACCAGAAAAAAACACCAAGCUUGGCACUGCCAAGCCUUCGGCAGUGGGGGGUAACGAAGGGUUGUUCAAGGUAUUGAAGGUGGGCUCCGCCGUUAAACACUUCAAGACCGGAGAUUGGUGUAUUCCGCGUGUACCGGGUUUGGGGACCUGGAGAAGUCACAUUCUCUGUGACUCCCACGACGUUAUUCCGCUUCCAUCCUUCCUCAGCUUGGAUCAGGCUGCCACCAUUGGUGUCAACCCUUUGACCGCGUAUCAGCUCCUCACGCAAUUUGUCUACUUGAAAAAAGGCGACUGGGUGAUUCAGAACGCGGGGAACUCUGCCGUGGGCAAGCUUGUGACCCAAAUUGCCAGGGUCAAGGGCAUCAAUUCGAUCUCAGUAGUGAGAAACCGCGACAACUUGACUGAGCUUGUGGAGGAAUUGACCGCUCUCGGAGCUACAAAAGUCAUCACCGAUGAGCAGAAUUAUGAUGAAUCGUUCCAGGCUACCAUCUCUGAAUGGGUAGGUGAUUCUAAGGUCAGAUUGGCGUUGAAUUGUGUUAGUGGCAAGUCUGCCAGUGCCCUUGUGAAGAAGCUUUCUAAGGGCGGGUUCGUGGUCACCUAUGGAUUGAUGGACCAGUCGGAUUUGAACAUCAACAUCUCCAUCACAGACUACGUGUUUAAACAGAUCACCUCCACCGGCUACUGGUUGACUGCCAAUAUUGCCGCCAACCCCCAGCUGAAGAUUGACACCUUGGACGAGAUUUGCAAGUAUUAUGAGAAGGGGUUGGUGGUGUCUCCUCCGUUUAAGAAGGUGCUGUAUAAGCUUGCAGAGGAUGAUGCCAAGGGUUCAACGUUUUUGGAGACCAUGCUUCGGGUUGUUGGUGACAAGUCUGGAAAACAGGCCUUGUUGUUUGAAUAA